CCCUCGACCAGAAACAACAUGACGUCCCGAGGACGAGCCGUAACACACCCCGGCUCGAGCCCGGCUAGAACACCCGCAUCCUAGGCCCCUUGAUGGCUCUGGCCGACCGAGACUGACCACGGGCCACUCUCUCAUCCUCCAAGAUGUAUAAGAUUCCUCGACAGAUCCCCGUGUUCGUGUUGUUGGUUUCAAGUUAUUCGAGUCAUCAAGCUUCACAUUCACUCGCUUCUUCAGUCACUCUGGCUAUCUUCUUAAGAACUUCUAGAACAACCUAAACACACCUUAGCAGCCAUGCCUCAUGCCACCACCCCCUCCGUCAGUUCUGAUGGGUCGGCCAGGAGCCGUCAUCAUCACCGUGACCGUGACCACCGUCGUCACAGCAUGGUUUACUUCGAAGAGCCCGAGCUAAAACAGUUCCGCUUCUGCGCAGAACUGACCCUUCUGAUCCGAAGCCGACGGGCUGACCAUCGAAGCUCAGAGUCUCUUGAGGACGAGAUCCUCUACUCCCUCACCAACGAAGGCAUCAAGUCUCAAAUUCUUUCGGAUUACCCAUACGAUCACGCCACACACACCCACACACCUUCAUAUAAAGUAUGGACUAUCACAAGUGACCAUUCUAUCCAGUCCAAGCCCACCGAGUACAAACACGCCAUGAAGUUUGUCUCUCCCCUCUUUCGCUUCUCCUCCUUCAACACCUGGGUCCAACACUUCGAGAGUUUCAUGCAAGUCCUCAACCGGGACUUUGAGACCACUUCCACACACGAAUGCAGCACUUCCAUCCACCUUGCUCCCAUAGACCCGGAGCACCCGGAGUGGUCACGCUCCGACAUCCGUGCCCUUUCGAAGUCCAUCCUCUACUUCGAGUCCUGCCUCGACGCCGUUAUGCCUCUCUACCGCCGCACCUCCGUCUUCGCCAAGAGCAACCGGCACAACAAGCAAAUGGCCAACCUGACCAUGGCCGAGUGCUUCUCACACCUGGACUCGGUCAAAAGACGCAAAGACAUGGCGGCCCACAUGGUCCGCUGCGACCCCAAUUCGUCCACGGGCCGGGCCCUCGGCCAGCGGUCCGACUUCCCUCACUCGGGCUACCGGUGGAACUUUCUCAACCUCGUGCACAACAAGUCUCGAGGCACAAUCGAGUUCCGCCAGCCUCCCGGCUCCACGACCCCCGGUGAAGCCAUCACUUGGAUCAUCCUCGCCGUGUGCUUCGCUCAAGUAGCCUGCGCCAAGGGUGACUCGCUCCGGCCCAAGGAGCGCCCCAACACACAGGCGCUGGGCGACUGGGUGCACAGGGAGGCAGUACGGGCCAGCGUUCCUUCUGAGCACAGGAGGAAGUUGAGGCAGUUAUUUGACGAUGCGAUGCCUGUCGUCGUCUCAGACUCCAAAAAGGCUGACUUGGGCCUGGUGGUCACGGUAGAGCCGCCGAUUACGGUGCAUGAUAAGCAUGGCUUGAUCUGGAGGGAGAAGGGCGAGAGGAAUGUGGCGAUGGAGAAGUUUGAUGGGUUCUUUGUGGAGCCGAUGUUGAGUAGGUUGAGGGAUUCUUCUUCGAGGCUUUAGUCCUUGUGAUGAGGUGUUGUUCUUUCUUGCUCACCUUCUUUCUUUCUUCAGCAGCUCUUUUGGAGUUACUUCACUUUUUUUCUGACUUUUAGCGUUGUUUCUUUUUAUCUUUUUCACUUUUUCCUCUUGCAUAGCUAGCUGUCGUCCAUU